CUGCCCAAACUGAAAAGGUUUGAACUCUUUCGCUUUCACGGGAGAGACAACGCAGUUCCUUAACAUAAACUGAAAAAUUAAGACCCAAUUCUCCCUCCAAACACUCUUAACCAUUUUCCUCUCAACCUUGCCACACAAACAGACUUGUUAACCAUUGCUAGUUACAUUGUGUUUCCUUGUUUAACCAUUCUAUUAAGCCAUCAUCUCCAACUGUUUUUCAUUAGCAAACUGGUUUGCCAAACACAUUGAGCACUUUCCACUCCAUUCUCCUCUUCAUGUACAGCUACAGAGAUUCAUUGGCAUCCAUUAUGCACAUAAUGUUUUUGGUGUUUUUAUUUUUUUAUUUUUUUCAGCUCUGAUCAUCUGUCAGUUUGUGGGGUUGGGAUGAAGUUUCUAUUUUUAGCGUUAGAAUCUGGGAUUAGUAAUUGGAUUGGAAUGAAAUCAAUUAUCCAUUUUGUUCUACUUAUGGGAAAUGUGUGCAGUGCAGGUUGAUUUCUUGGCUUUUUUCGUGUUGUAUUCUGAUAACUGAUAUUCAUAUAUGGAAACGCAAGUUUGAAGAUUUUCAAUUGUAGGAACCAAUGGGGUAUUGGGGUUAGCUUGAUUAUAGUAAAAUCUGCAGUUAUAUAAAAGGUUUUGUUUUCUGGGCUUAGACUACUGUAUUUGUUGAUUGGGUUGAGUUUUCAGGCACCCUAUGUUCUAUGGAUGAAGCAAUUCACUGAUUCUAAGAUCAUAAUAUUAAGUUCAGAUAUUUCCCUGUAAUUUAGCCAAAAGAUGACUUUUACCUUGUUCAUACAUAAAUCGUAAAUUCUUGUAACUCCUCUGGGUUGUUACUUUUAUAUAAAAUCAAAAUGGUUGGUUCUUUGAUUUCUGAAAUGAGAAGAACAAAAUAGAUAUUUUAUUGGUAAACGGUAGGUCGAAAAGAAAAUGAGUUGGAAAGAUGAAAUGGAUAAUUCCUCAAUUAAUCAAUGGAAGGGUUUUUUUUUAAUCAUGUAUUCUUAUUGCCUACUCACUAGGAUUUAUCGUGAUACUUCUACAUAAGGUACUCUGUUUUCGUUAUUCUCCAUUCAUAGUUUUAUCAUUUUUUUUAUUUGAUGAAUUUGUGCAGAAUGGAAAGCAAAAGAAGAGGCCAAUGGUUAAACCUUGUAGUAUGUGCACUGCUAUUGCUGAAGGCAGAAGCUGUUUAUGUACCAAUCACUUAUGUCCAGAACGCGGUAACAAAAGGAGCCGUUUGUUUGGAUGGGAGUCCUGCGGCUUACCAUUUAGAUAAGGGAUUUGGAGCAGGGAUUAAAAAUUGGUUAGUUCAAUUUGAGGGAGGAGGAUGGUGCAACAAUAUGACUACUUGCCUUUCUCGCAAGUACACUCGUUUAGGUUCAUCUAAGCAAAUGGCCGAGCAAAUUGCCUUUUCAGGAAUUUUAAGUAACAAGCAACAGUUUAAUCCAGAUUUCUAUAAUUGGAAUAGAAUCAAGGUUAGGUAUUGUGAUGGGGCAUCAUUUACUGGUGAUAUGGAAGCAGUCAAUCCAGCAACUAAGUUGCACUUCAGAGGAGCAAGGAUUUUUGCUGCUCUCAUGGAGGAUUUACUAGCAAAAGGAAUGAAAAAUGCUCAAAAUGCUAUUAUCUCUGGAUGUUCAGCUGGAGGAUUGACUUCAAUACUGCAUUGUGAUCGCUUUCGAGCUCUAUUACCUGCAGGAGCUAAAGUAAAAUGCCUCUCAGAUGCUGGUUACUUUAUCAAUGCAAAGGAUGUCUCAGGAGAACAACACAUUGAACAGUACUUCAGUCAAAUUGUUACCACACAUGGCUCUGCUAGGAAUUUGCCACAAUCAUGCACUUCAAGACUCAGCCCAGGCCUGUGCUUUUUCCCACAAUAUUUGGUAUCACAAAUCACUACACCAAUCUUCUUUGUAAAUGCAGCAUACGACUCAUGGCAGAUUAAGAACAUUUUGGCACCGGGUGUUGCUGAUCCUCAUGGCAACUGGCAUAGCUGCAAGCUUGACAUAAGCAACUGCUCACCUAAUCAACUCGGUCUAAUGCAAGGCUUCAGGACAGAAUUCUUAAGGGCAUUGACUGUGCUAGGAAACUCUCCAAUUAAUGGAAUGUUUAUAGACUCUUGCUAUGCACACUGCCAAACUGAAAUGCAGGAAACAUGGUUCAGAAGUGACUCUCCGCAGCUAGCCCACACAACAAUUGCAAAGGCUGUAGCAGAUUGGUUUUAUGAAAGAAGGCCUUUCCAUCAUAUAGAUUGCCCUUACCCUUGCAAUCCAAGUUGUCCCAUCCCCAUUAUUGAUCCACAAGACCACCCAGGAAAAAACAUGACCACCAAAGGAACGUCGGAUGCAUCAGCUAGAAAGCCCAGUUUUCCAAAACUAUCAAACAAGGAACAGUGGAUUGAGCUUUUGUGCAUUGAACAUGGGAUCAGCGGGCUUCUAUUAACGUUGGUUACUCUGGUCAUACUAUAAAAGCUGAUUUGCUGAUUAAUUAUGACCCAACUGGAUCAUAUCUCUGGCGUAAAUAGUUGAUUUAUCAAUUGGAUGCUGGCAGUGCAGAACAAGAAGGAAAAGACAGUCCCGUUGAAUUGAAGAACUGUCUUGUCUUCAUACAGACUACAAUAAACUCCGGACAGAGAGCUUCAUAAUUGGGUCCAAUCAAUGUAAGCUUGAACUUAGCUGCAAUUACUUGGCCUAAAUAAUUUUUUGCUGCUUUAUUUUGGGGGGAGGGGGUGUUUUGGUUUUACUGUUUUUCCGCUUCUGUUUAUAUGCCCCUUAUUAUUAGAAACAUUUAUUUCUGUGAAGCACGGAAAUUGUUCCUGUUUAAAUUGCUGAAUUUUGAAGAAUAUACUCUUUAGUUGCUGGGUUCUCCCACAUAUCUGGGUAAAUAGGACUCUAGGAGAGUUGGGCUAGGGUUGUAUAAAUAGGGGAGCAUAUAUGAUUAUUUUGAUCUUCAUGACUGUUUCUGGUUGUACACUGGUGAGGGGUAAUAAACUGUAAUCUAUAUGCAAAAGUGAACUGUACAUUGCCAUCUUACAGUGGUUUAAGAUGUUAGCGGAGGAGAGUUGAAAAAGGAAUUACCCUUAUUGCUUAAGUAUAGCUGGCAAUCCAUGAAAAGGAAAACACAUGGUUGUUGGGAGUUUCAAGUUUCAACUAGAAGUUUUCAACUAAUAUAGGAAACAUCUCAUAAGUGUGUGUGCGCGUGCUUUAGUGAGGUUAUGCAUCUGCCAAUCCCAAUUCCUGUGAUUAUGGGACACACUUGGUGGAUGGUAUCAACGUUUAGAUUGAAGUAACAAUGAAUGAGUGUAGACUUGCUUCAUCAGUGAAUACUAAAUCCUAUGCUUUCCUACUGGUGAAGAACCAAAUAAAUCAUGAACUGUAUUGAACUGUUCAGGAAGAAUGUGGAUACUCUCAUGUGAUAUGAGAUCAUUUGAGACAAUUUCAGUCAUUAAUAAACACAUCAAUAAUUAUCAUUUUCUCUCUCUAUCCUUACGUGCUCUCUUUAACCAUUAUUUGUCUAGGAACGGUUGAGAUCCUUUCAUAUAAUCUCAUACCACAUGAGACUCCUGUUCAUUUAUCAGUGUGUUUUCUUCAGUGAGAUGUUUGAUCAUUUUUUUUGGUGAUAUUAACAUCAAGUUUAGAAAUUUAUGAUGUUUCUGAAUUGUAGAAAGAUAGAGAGUUACAUGUUGUUCUAGAAUUAGAUUUGCGGGUAAUGCAUGCCACACUUUCCGUGCAUCACAUGUUAUUUUAAACGUCCUUGGUGCAUAGUAGUUCUCAUUUCAUUGUUUGACAAUGG